AUGCUGGACGAUCUCGAAGCCAGCACCGCAGCCACCCUGCAGGAGCUUGAUGCCCCGAUCGUCGACUUCAAUCCGUCCAUAGCACUACAUGAAUCUCCUGAAGGAUCCUCGGCCAACCUGUUCCAGAAUAUGGACAUCCACGGAAACAUGGGUAUGAACUUUCUGGAGAACAUGCACAUGCAAAUGCAUAUGAAUACUGCAAAUGCUUUGGGCAUGAACCAAACUCAAGGUCAAGGUCUGGGUCUCGGUCUGGGUCUGGGCACCGAUAUACCGUUCAGCAGCAACAUCGACCCGAACUUGCAUCUGCAGAUGAAUCCAGCCGGCAACAUGAACGGCGCCACCUCACGAGCCCAUUCCGAAUACAGAGAUGGCACGGGUAGCGGAUCCACGUCUAUGCGUCCGGAUGCCAACCCCUUCUUCACAAGCAAUGGUGCUGUUCCUUCCGUGGUAGCCGUUCCAGAAACAUAUGCAAACGGAACUGCUUCCACAACCAUGAGCCAGGCGGUUCCUGCUGAGGUCAGUGGCCAUGCGAGUGCCGGUUCCCAUGGUCCUGCCCAAUCCACGACUGCGACUAGGAAUUUUCAAGCAGCCAACCGAGACUCGAGGUCAGUCGCCAUCACGGAAGCAAACACAAUCCCAAAGGCAAAGCCAGCAGAAACACACCCGUCCAUCCACACAGACAACUCGGUUUUCAAUGGAGCAACAUCUGCCGCCGACGGAGGCAUGUCUAUCUCGACGAAUAGGCUUACUAGCGUGGACGGUUCUAUCAACCAUUCUAACCUUGUUGACCAAGAACACAGCGAGAGCAGUGGUGGUGGUGGCGACAACGGCAACAGCAAUACCAACACUAAGAGCAUGAACAACGGUAACAUCACCACCAACACUAAGAGCAUGAGCAUGAGCAUGAGCAACGGUAACAUCACCAGCACCAGUACCAAUAAUACAGUGGUAAUGGCACCAACUCUCGACCCGAACCCAACUCUCCCCAUUACCACAUGGGGCGCCGACCUGGGCAUGGAGGAUAUGAUGGGCAUGGAUAUGAAUUUGGAUAUGAAUUUGGAUUUGGAUUUGGAUUUGAACAUGGACUUCAAUCUCGAUUUCAACCCCAACCUCGACUUCAAUCCCAAUUCGCUCGAUUUCCAUUUCCCAGCCAAUGGUAACGGCGAUGGUAACGGCGAUGAUAACGGCACCAGCAACGGCCAGGUCAACGGUCAGGCCAACGGUCAGGUCAACGCCAACGGUCACGGUACCAGCAACGGUCAGGUCAACGUCAACGGUCACGGCAACGGCACCGGCAUCGGCAACGGUCAGGUCAACUGUUACGUCAAUGGCGACCAAGUCAAUGGCGGUCACGUCAACGGUCAGGUCAAUGGUCACAGCAUAAGCAACAGUCAGGUCAACAACGUACACGGCCACGGCGACGGCCACGACAGCACUGGCACCGCCCUGGACUGGGAGAAGGAACUGGGCCUGGACAAGACGGCCGGGCUCGAGUUUGAUUUCAACCAGCUGUUUCAAGCUUGA